UUAAAAAGCCAAAUAUAUUAAAAAAGACAUUCACAAUCAUGUUUUUAAGGCAACAAUAUGACUUCAUAUGUGAAAUGGUGCUCCUAAAAGGUCAAAGUAUGAGAUAAAGGUUGAAAUAAUAAAUGGAGAGGGUCAAAAUAUGAGAUUAAACAUGGAAAUAUUACAUUGACAAAGUCAAAAUAUGAAAUGAAAGUCCAAAUAAUUGGGUGAAGUCAUAAUUGUGCAAUGUAAAAUUGGAAAUAUGAAAACACUAACUUAUUUCUUUACCCACAUUUAUCGAAUUAUUUUUCCUUUUUUUUCACAUUUUUAUGACUUAAGGAUAUCUGAUAUCAUCGAUGUUAAGUCUACAUUUUUAUCUGCAGACCUCAUGUUUCAUGUUUCCUAGGUAGUAGAUGUUGUCGUUCACCGGUAGGGGGCGGAGAUGCGCUGACUCGUUGUUUGUCAGCGGCCUUUAGAGCUCAGAGAAGAAGAGAAGGCGUGACCAGAGCUGCCGGUGCUCAGAGGAACCUCCUGGUUAUUCUGCUUCAUCUGUGCUUCAUUCUCGGGCUGCAGAAAGGAUCUCUCUGUCCUCCAAACUCACAGACAGACCACAUACCGGGAAACCUCCUCAAACACCGGGGCGGCGUGGAGCAGAGAGUCCAGAGUCUGGGAAAACGAGAAGAAGAAGGAGGAGGAGGAACAUGGCGGAACUUUUUGAGUGAAAAUAUGUGAGUCGUUGGGAAUUAAAAACUCUUAUGUGGUGUUUGGACACGGUGGCUGAGAGGAGGUGAGUCCUCUCUAGAGACUCUGAAGGGCGUUCACCUGGACCGACACACCUGGAGGAAACCAGGAAGCAUGUUUUUACCUGGGACAGUCAAAGACCCUGAAAUAGACGUUUAGAUUCUCUCUGUGGUCAAACAGACUCGGAUAGUCCCGGACCCGGAGUCCUGCUCAGACCUGCAGACUCUGCUGAAGAGCUAAAAUGGCGUUCAUAUCGGGCGGAGACCUCUGCUGUCCGGUCUGCCAGGACAUCUUCAGAGAUCCGGUGGUUCUACCCUGCAGCCACAGUUUCUGUAAAGACUGUCAGCAGAGCUGGUGGCGACAGAAGAAGUCCCGGGAGUGUCCGGUGUGUAAGACCAUCUCCUCUAACAAAAACCCUCCAGUGAGCCUGGUUUUAAAGAACCUCUGUGAGGCCUUCUUACUGGAACGAGACCAGAGAGUCUCAGACGGUGUUUGUAGUCUGCACACUGAAAAACUCUGUCUGUUCUGUCUGGACCAUCAGGAGCCGGUCUGUCUCAUCUGCAGAGACUCGGAGAAGCACACCAACCACACGUUCAGGCCCAUUGAUGACAUAGCUCAGAUCCACAGAGUGGAGGUGGAGGAAACUCUGGAGCCCCUCAGAGAGAAGCUACAGAGUCUAAAAAAUGUCAGAGCAGACUUUGAACUGAUCGCAGAACACAUCAAGACUCAGACUCAGCAAACAGAGAGACAGAUUAAAGAACAGUUUCAGAAGUUUCACACGUUUCUCGCUGAGGAAGAGAGGGUCAGGCUGUGUCAGCUGAGGGAGGAAGAGGAGCAGAAGAGUCGAAGGAUCCGGGAGCAGGUGGAGGUUCUAAAGAGAGAGAUAACGGCUCUGUCCCAGACCAUCAGAGAGGCAGAGGACGAGCUGGGAUCUGAAGUCGUCUCCUUCCUGCACAACUACGAAGCUUUGGUGGAAAGAGUCCAACAGCACCCCCUGCUGGAGGACCCACGGCCCCCCUCAGGGGCUCUGAUAGACCAGGCCAAGCACCUGGGCAACCUGGGCUUCCAGGUCUGGAGGAACAUGAAGGACCUGGUCUCCUACUCUCCGGUCAUUCUUGACCCGAACACCGCUGGAACCCAAGUGGUCUUAUCUGCAGACCUGACUUCUGUGAGGCGGGAGGAGAUGCAGCAGCUCCCCAGUAACCCAGAGAGGUUUAACCCUUUCCGUCACUCCGUCCUGGGCUCUGAAGGCUUUCAGUCCGGGACUCACAGCUGGGACGUUGAGGUUGGAGACAGCAGGUACUGGUGCCUGGGUGUCUUAGCCCAGUCUGCUGAGAGAAAGGGAAACCUCCCGUUUGGAUUCUGGAGAAUCGAGUGUCUUGGAGGCGUAUACUCAGCCCGCUCGCCAUCGUCUCCCCCCACCCAUCCUGUAGUCCAGACGCAGCUGGAGAGGGUCCGAGUGAGUCUGGUCUGGGACCGAGGGGAGCUGUUGUUCUCUGAUCUGGAUACGAACACGCACAUCCACACCUUCACGCACACGUUCACUGAGAGGAUGUUUCCUUACGUCAGCAUUCUGGAUAAACUCCCUCUGAAGAUCCUCCAGUCCAGGAUCUCAGUGACACCCGAGCACCGCCGCGGGACCCUUUGACUGGACGGUGUCUCUUUAUUUAUGCACACGUGUGUGAACGUUAGAGUUUUAGCAUCUUUGACUUUUAGGUUUGGCAGUCAGAGCGAGCUCAGAAGGAGAAACGUUUGACGGCCUUCCGCGUAUUUAUAGUCCAGGAUUCUCUGUUAGAUCUAAAGGUCAGGUUUUCUUUCCAGAGGCUUCUGAUACUGACGAUCACAGUAAGGGUUCUGUUUGAUGACUGUUUGAGAAACAAGUGCCUUAAGUUGUUUUUUAUCUUACUGAAUGUAAAAGUUUACAUGGUCUGUCUACUGGGGGCAUAAAUGCAGAUUUGUUUCAGAGUAGCGGGAGAGUCGCUGAUAAAUAAAUGUGAAGUUUGUUAAGAA